AUGUCUCUCCAAACCCCCCGCAUCCUCCCCUCCCACCUGCACGCCUUCCACCCCUCCUCCAGCACCGGCUCAACCACAUACACCGUCCGCAUCCUCGGCACCGUGACAGCGCUACACGGCAGCACGGGCACACUCACCUGCGGCACGAACGGCGAUGUAACACUUAUCCUGAAAUCCGAUGCGCGUCUGCAGGUUGGAAAGCUUGUUGAGGUUGUGGGGAAGGUUACUGAUUUAGAGGGUGGAACUGGAUAUGCACUGCGUGUUCUUGGUUCGACGGAGUGGGGUGAUCCUGCUGAUUGCGAUUAUAAGAUCUAUGAGCAGGUCGUUAAUGCUACGCAUCGGUUUACGCCUAUUUUCUACAGUGUUGAGUAA